AUGCCUCCACCAAAGGCCCAUAUCCGUGCCAGAACGGCCAAUCUUCCCUCUGCUCCGAGAACACCCAAAAAGAAGCGGACCCAUUCCGUGCUUACACCGCAGACAAGAUCGCGUCAUUCAAAGAAGACACGCGUCAAACGCGUCGAACACGUCGAGAAUGAUGAGAAUAUAGAAGACGCCUAUCUUGACACGUCUUCCCCCUUGAAACCCCUUGGCGACGAUCCCUUCCUAGUGACUGGUCAGCCUGCGCCUAUCACCUUCCAAUGUGAAGGCUUCACGAGCCAGCCACCCACUGGUGCCCCCGAGACCUUUAUGUUUACUACUGAGCUGUUUGAGGAUGUCGACGAGGAACUUAAUUCAGAAGACGAGGACUUGGCAUUUGUUAAUCCCGAAUUUGACGAGCUUCUCACUUGCGCUCCUGGAACAUUUCCCUACGAUGGGUACCCGCGUCCAGCUCCACCAUUGGAAUAUCUUGCAAGAAUGAAAACUGCCGAACGCCAACGUGUGGUAUUCUCUGCACCCAGCGUCACUGCUGCCCAUGAUGCACUCGUGGACUUGAUGCUGUUGAUGAAGGGUGAAAUUCGUGGUCCCAACAGCAAGGGCUACAAGAAGCCCAAGUUUGACACAUAUGUUCGCGCAAGACUGGAGGGAAUGCGUACUCUGCUGUCGAUAUACACGUCACCCAGAUCAACAACAUAUGAAGACUGGGGUGAGUCAGCGAUGCAGGCGGCGAUUGCUGUUGGUCGGGAUCGACAAGUUCUUCCUUGUAAUCCCUAUGGGAAGUCAAGCAAACCAAUACUGAACAACGAAAGUCUUGAUGCCGAAGUGCGAGCAGCAUUGCGUGGCCAGGAAAUAACGGCGGAGAAAACCCAAGCAUUUGUGAACCGAGAAGACAUCAGAGAAAGAUACAAGAUUACCUCGGCUAUUAGCAUUCGCACUGCACGCCGAUACCUGAUCAAGCUUGGUUUUGCUUAUGGAUAUGCAAAGAAGGGCCAGUAUUCUGACGGGCAUGAGAGGGAAGAUGUUGUGGUGUAUCGAGAAGAGACGUACCUGCCGACACUCAAAGAUUUUGAAGAGCGCUCCUACAUCUACCACGCCGAUGGCACCAUCCAAGUCCCUCGUUUACCGCCAGGAGUCCGACCCACAUGCAUAUGGUACCACGAUGAAUCGAUCUUUUACGGCCAUGACCGACGACGGAAGCUUUGGCAGGAUGUGACGGCGGGGGCAAAACCAUAUCAAAAGGGAGAGGGAGGAUCGUUCAUGGCUGCCGACUAUUUCUCUGCCGACUUUGGAUGGUUGCGAGGGCUGGAGGGUGAGUCAGCAAGACGGACAAUGUGCCCAGGAAAGAACAGAGACGGUUACUUUAGUGCAGCGGAUAUCGAAGAGCAAGCGAGAGCUGCUUGCGCAAUCGCCACAACACGGUGGCCAGAAUUUGACCACAUCUUCAUUUACGACAAUGCGACCACCCAUCGAGCUCGGACUGCUGGUGCGUUGACAGCAAUGGGAAUGCCCAAGUUUACUUCGGGCUCGCGUGCAAUUGAGGCAGAAGAAGAGGGCAGGGAUGGUGGAGAGAAGACCAAGAAGCCGCGAGCUCCAAAGAAAACCAAGCCAGCUGGAGGAGGGAAUGAGACACGAAAGAAGAAACCGCCGAAGAAGACCAAACCUCCCAAGGACCCAAAAGAUGCCAACUUCUUGGUCCAGGUCAACAAACUCAACGAAGACCAGACCAUCAUGCACGACGAGCACGGUGAACGCGUCAAGGAAGAGAUCCAAAUGACUGGUGCGACGUUCGCCGACGGCAGUCCACAGUCUCUCUAUUUUCCCACCGAUGUCGAGAAGUUCGCUGGUAAAUUCAAGGGCAUGGCGGUUAUUCUGGAGGAGAGACGUUUGCGUGGGGACUUGGGAGAGCAUUUGACGAAGGAGGAGCUUGCAGGAAAAGUUGCCCAAUGCAAGAAAUUCAAGUGCCCCAAAGUUGAUGCGGGUAGACAGACGACAUGCUGCAUGCGUCGAAUGCUGUUUGACCAGCCCGAUUUCGCCAACGUCCAGUCAUGCCUAGAGGCAGCCUGCUCGCCCUUCAACGUCACAAUCCUCUUCCUUCCAAAAUUCCACCCAGAGCUUAACCCCAUCGAAAUGGUGUGGGGAUUUGCCAAGCGCGUGUACCGGCAGUACCCUGAAUCGUCUGGCGAUGAAGCAUUAGAGCGGAACACACUGACAGCGUUGGAUAGUGUACCGUUGGCCUCGAUGCGAAGGUUUGUUUUGCGUGCUCAUCGUUUUGCCGACGCUUAUCGAAAAGGACUUGAUGGCGCACAGGCCGCAUGGGCAGUAAAGAAGUACAAAGGGCAUCGUAUGCUUCCCCCAGAGUUCAGAGCUGAGCUUGAAAAGGCAGAAGCCAAGGCCAAGGGUACACAGAAUAUCAAGUAG